AUGACGCUCGCCCGCUUCGUGCUGGCCCUGGUGUUAGGGGCGCUCCCCGAAGUGGUUGGCUUUGAUUCUGUCCUCAAUGAUUCCCUCCACCACCGCCACCGCCAUUCGCCCCCUCCUGGACCGCAGUACCCCUAUUACCUUCCCACCCACCAGCGGCCCCCGAGGACACGUCCGCCGCCGCCUCUCCCUCGCUUCCCGCGCCCCCCGAGGGCGCUCCCUGCCCAGCGCCCGCACGCCCUCCAGGCGGGGCACACACCCCGGCCGCACCCCUGGGGCUGCCCCGCCGGCGAGCUAUGGGUCAGCGUGACUGACUUCGGCGCCCCGUGUCUGCGGUGGGCGGAGGUGCCACCCUUCCUGGAGCGGUCGCCCCCGGCGAACUGGGCUCAGCUGCGAGGACAGCGCCACAACUUUUGUCGGAGCCCGGACGGCACGGGCAGACCCUGGUGUUUCUACGGAGACGCCCGCGGCAAGGUGGACUGGGGCUACUGCGACUGCAGACACGGAUCAGUACGACUUCGUGGCGGCAAAAAUGAGUUUGAAGGCACAGUGGAAGUAUAUGCAAGUGGAGCUUGGGGCACUGUCUGUAGCAGCCACUGGGAUGAUUCUGAUGCAUCAGUCAUUUGUCACCAGCUGCAGCUGGGAGGAAAAGGAAUAGCAAAACAAACCCCGUUUUCUGGACUGGGCCUUAUUCCCAUUUAUUGGAGCAAUGUCCGUUGCCGAGGAGAUGAAGAAAAUAUACUGCUUUGUGAAAAAGACAUCUGGCAGGGUGGGGUGUGUCCUCAGAAGAUGGCAGCUGCUGUCACGUGUAGCUUUUCCCGUGGCCCAGCGUUCCCCAUCAUUCGCCUUGUUGGAGGCAGCAGUGUGCAUGAAGGCCGGGUGGAGCUCUACCAUGCUGGCCAGUGGGGAACCAUCUGUGAUGACCAAUGGGAUGAUGCUGAUGCAGAGGUGAUCUGCAGGCAGCUAGGCCUCAGUGGCAUUGCCAAAGCAUGGCAUCAGGCAUAUUUUGGGGAAGGGUCUGGCCCAGUUAUGUUGGAUGAAGUACGCUGCACUGGGAAUGAGCUUUCAAUUGAGCAAUGUCCGAAGAGCUCCUGGGGAGAGCAUAACUGUGGCCAUAAAGAAGAUGCUGGAGUGUCCUGUACCCCUCUAACAGAUGGGGUCAUCAGACUUGCAGGUGGGAAAGGCAGCCAUGAGGGUCGCUUGGAGGUGUAUUACAGAGGCCAGUGGGGUACUGUCUGUGAUGAUGGCUGGACUGAGCUGAAUACUUACGUGGUUUGUCGACAGUUGGGAUUUAAAUAUGGUAAACAAGCAUCUGCCAACCAUUUUGAAGAAAGCACAGGGCCCAUAUGGUUGGAUGAUGUCAGCUGCUCAGGGAAGGAAACCAGAUUUCUUCAGUGUUCCAGGCGACAGUGGGGACAGCAUGACUGCAGCCACCACGAAGAUGUUAGCAUUGCCUGCUACCCUGGCAGCGAGGGACACAGGCUCUCUCUGGGUUUUCCUGUCAGACUGAUGGAUGGAGAAAAUAAGAAAGAAGGACGAGUGGAAGUUUUUAUCAAUGGCCAGUGGGGAACAAUCUGUGAUGAUGGAUGGACUGAUAAGGAUGCAGCUGUGAUCUGUCGUCAACUUGGCUAUAAGGGUCCUGCCAGAGCAAGAACCAUGGCUUAUUUUGGAGAAGGAAAAGGACCCAUCCAUGUGGAUAAUGUGAAGUGCACAGGAAAUGAGAGGUCCUUGGCUGACUGUAUCAAGCAAGAUAUUGGAAGACACAACUGCCGCCACAGUGAAGAUGCAGGAGUUAUUUGUGAUUAUUUUGGCAAGAAGGCCUCAGGUAACAGUAAUAAAGAGUCCCUCUCAUCUGUUUGUGGCUUGAGAUUACUGCACCGUCGGCAGAAGCGGAUCAUUGGCGGGAAAAAUUCUUUAAGGGGUGGUUGGCCUUGGCAGGUUUCCCUCCGGCUGAAGUCAUCCCAUGGAGAUGGCAGGCUCCUCUGCGGGGCUACGCUCCUGAGUAGCUGCUGGGUCCUUACAGCAGCACAUUGUUUCAAGAGGUAUGGCAACAGCACUAGGAACUAUGCUGUUAGGGUUGGCGAUUACCAUACUCUGGUACCAGAGGAGUUUGAGGAAGAAAUUGGAGUUCAACAGAUUGUGAUUCAUCGAGAGUAUCGACCCGACAGCAGUGAUUAUGACAUAGCCCUGGUUAGAUUACAAGGACCAGAAGAGCAGUGUGCCAGAUUCAGCAGCCACGUUUUGCCAGCCUGUUUACCAUUCUGGAGAGAGAGGCCACAGAAAACAGCAUCCAACUGUUACAUAACAGGAUGGGGUGACACAGGACGAGCCUAUUCAAGAACACUACAACAAGCAGCCAUUCCCUUACUUCCUAAGAGGUUUUGUGAAGAACGUUAUAAGGGUCGGUUUACAGGGAGAAUGCUCUGUGCUGGAAACCUCCAUGAACACAAACGCGUGGACAGCUGCCAGGGAGACAGCGGAGGACCACUCAUGUGUGAACGGCCCGGAGAGAGCUGGGCGGUGUAUGGGGUGACCUCCUGGGGGUAUGGCUGUGGAGUCAAGGAUUCUCCUGGUGUUUAUACCAAAGUCUCAGCCUUUGUACCUUGGAUAAAAAGUGUCACCAAACUGUAAUUCUUCAUGGAAACUUCAAAGCAGCAUUUAAACAGAUGGAAAACUUUGAAUCCCCACUAUUAGCACUCAGUAGAGAUGACAACAAAUGGGGAGAUCCACAUUUUUGCUUUGGGUUGUGGUAAAAAAUUGUGCACCCCCUGUUGCUUUUGAGAAUUUGUGAACAUUUUCAGAGACCUCAGUGUAGUGGAAGUGACAAUCCUUAAAUGAACUUUGUUGUCUAUCCUAAUUUCACUGGAGUGACUUAUUCUAAGCUUAAUCUAUCCCUAUUUCUCAGAAUCAUUCUAUGCUGAUUUCACAAAAGAUCAUUUUUACAACUGAAUUGAGAACCCCUUAUAAUCAGUGGUGUCUGAAUUCAUAUUAAAUACCCACAUUUGACAUAAAUGUGGUACCCUUUACUACACUCAUAAGAGUGGCAUAUUUAUGCGUAGAGCUUUUCAAAAUACUUGACAAGAAAUCAUCAUCUC